UCGCAAGCCUGUAAAGCAUAAACUCUCCUCACUUCACUCUAUUUAACCAUCACAUCUGCCAUUGCCAGCACUGCAUCGCCACACUCACUCUCCACACCCUCUGUAUCUCCAUAGCUAAGAAAACUCGCUCCAGUGAGUCAGACGAACCAUGGCGCUCGGCAGGGUCGCGGUGGCCGCCUUGGCGGUGUCUCUCCUCCUGCUCAGCACCAUCAAGGCUGCUGACUACCCUCCCGCGGCCGCUCCUUCUCUCGGGCCCCCUCCUCACAAGAUCGUCGACCCCAUCAAAGACUGCGGCGACGCGUGCGACAUCAGGUGCAGCGCCAACUCGCGCAAGAACAUGUGCAGCCGGGCCUGCCUCAAGUGCUGCAGCGUCUGCCGCUGCGUGCCGGCGGGCACCGCCGGCAACAAGGAGACCUGCGGCAAGUGCUACACCGACUGGACCACGCACGGCAACAGGACCAAGUGCCCGUGAUUGAACCUACCUCGAUGGCAUGCGUGUUCCUAAUUGCCUUGCCGAAAGCCCCUCCUGCUUGUUCCAUGUGUUUGUUUGAUCGAUCGGCCUACCUAUCUUAGCUAGCUACCUUGUUCAUGUGAUCAUGUCUUCUUCCUGUGGUUGUUUGGGUUGUUUUCUUGUGUACAAAUGAGUGCCCCGUAGUUGAGUAUUCUUCUCUUGUAAAACCCGUGUGGGGUUUGGUUUAUGUGAUCACUGAUCUACAGAGCAGUACACGGUUUGGCGUCGUCCGCUUUA